AUGGAGAAGAAAGUCGCCGAGGUAGAGAUUGAGCCCGUGGGCAAGGAUGUUGCUCGAGGCAGUGUCGUGGAGAUGACAAACCUAUCAGGCGAGAGUCUUCCAAACAAGGAGUUCCAGGAGGAUCUCAACGUUACCGCCGAUGACUACAUUCAUGCACGCGAAGAAGCUCAAGCUUUUACUCUCGAGGAGACUAGAUCGAUGAUGGAGAUGGUCUGGAAGAUUCACGAACUGGACCCCAACUUUCCAGACUCCAUCCUCGCGAAGAUCAAGGAGUUCUUAUUCAACGAGGAUGUCUUCAUCAACCCCGAGAAGCAUGCCGAGCUCAUUGCCGAGAUCAAGAUCGAGGCUGCUUUGAUCGUCAACAACUCUCCCUACGCCGAAGUCAGAGCUGUUGUAGACAACACGGAUGAUCCAAACAUGCCCUGCGCAUCGCUCCGUGCUUACGUUAUCGGCUUGGCCUUUGUCGCUUUGAUCUCCGUCAUCAACCAGCUCUUCUCCAUCAGACAGCCUUCCAUUACUGUCGAAGCCAACGUUGCUCAAUUGCUCGCGUAUCCUGUCGGAGUAGCCUUUGCAAAAUGGCUUCCGGAUGUUGGAUUUACCCUUUUCGGAACACGCCAUAGUCUGAACCCUGGACCGUUCUCCAAAAAGGAACACAUGCUCAUCACCAUCAUGGCAAAGGUCGGAGCAAACUUGCCAUACACGGACUACGUUGUUUGGGUACAGUUCUUGCCUCACAUGUUCAACCAGAGCUGGGCCAGUUCUUUCGCAUAUCAGAUCGUUAUCGCACUCGGAACCAACUUCAUCGGUUUCGGUCUUGCUGGCAUCUGCCGUCGUUUCUUGGUUUACCCUGCUUACUGCGUCUGGCCUACCUCGCUUGUCACAAUGGCUUUGAACAACUCUUUCCACGACAGUAGCAAUCCUUCGGUCAUGGGUCCUUUCAAGAAAGUCUUGACUAUGUCCAGACUCAAGUUCUUCUACUUGACCUUCGCAGCAAUGUUCUUCUGGUUCUGGUUCCCCAACUUCCUCUUCGAAGCACUCAGCAUUUUCAACUGGAUCAACUGGAUUGCGCCCAACAACCUUCACCUUUCUACCGUCACUGGAAUGAACAAUGGACUCGGCAUCAACCCCUUCCCUACCUUCGACUGGAACAUCCUGUUGUGGGACCAAAUGGACCCUCUGAUGGUGCCCUUCUUCAACACCGUCAAUCGUUUUGCUGGACUCGUCAUCUCCGCCUUUGCUGUUCUCGGCGUCUGGUACUCCAACACAUUCAACACUGGUUACCUGCCCAUUAACUCCAACAAGGUCUUCGACCACUUUGGCAAAUUCUACAACGUCACUCGCACCUUGGAUGAGCGCGGCAUGUUCGACGCAGAGAAGUACACCGCUUACUCACCCGCAUACAUGAGUGCUGCAAACUUGACAGUUUACGCAUGUUUCUUUGCCAUCUACACUGCCACUAUCUCGUAUGCGUUCAUGUACCAUCGUCAUGAGAUCAUGAUGGGUUUCAAGAAUCUCUUCCACCGUGGUGAGAGACAAGAGUACAACGACAUUCACAACCGCUUGAUGUCUGUCUAUCCUGAAGUACCUGAAUGGUGGUAUUUGUGUUGCCUUCUUAUCUCCAUCUCCUUCGGUUGCGCUGGUAUCGCUGCAUGGCCAACCUACACCACCGUCGGCACAGUCUUCUACGGUCUUGCUCUAUGUCUAGUCUUUAUCAUCCCCAUCGGUAUCAUCAGAGCUAUCACUGGUAUCCCGGUCACCCUCAACGUCCUGGCCGAGUUCAUUGGUGGCGCUUGGGUGCAAGGAAAUGCGCUCGCCAUGAACUUCUUCAAGACUUUCGGAUACGUCACUUGCGCACACACCAUUCAAUUCUUGAACGAUCUGAAGCUCGCUCACUACACCAAGAUUCCCCCUCGUCACGCUUUCUGGGCUCAAAUGGUUGCAUGCUUGGUAUCGACCGUCGUCUGCACUGGUGUCCUCAACUUCCAAAUCCACAUCAAGGAUGUCUGUACCACCAGCGCACCUAACCGCUUCUACUGCCCUGGAAACAACACUUUCUUCACCGCAUCCGUGCUCUGGGGUACUCUUGGUCCUCACAAGGUAUUCGGCAAGGGAGGGCUCUACACCACACUCCUCAUUGGCUUCCCCGUCGGUCUCGUCAUUCCUCCCAUUCUUUACUACGUCACCCGCGCCUUUCCCCAGAAGAAGUGGCUCCGUCAAAUUCACCCCAUCGCUAUCAUCUAUGGCGGUCUUACCUGGGCACCCUACAAUUUCGCAUACGUUUGGCCUCAGGUCCCUAUUGGAUUCAUGGCAAUGGUUUGGCUCAAGAGCCGCUACCUCGCUUGCUGGUCCAAGUACAACUAUGUGCUCAGUGCUUCUUGGUCUGCUGCCAUUGGUAUCUCUGCCAUCAUCAUCUUCUUCAGCGUGCAAUACUCGGGCAAGGUCAGCGUGAAUUGGUGGGGUAACGAGGUCUCGUACCAGGGCUGUGAAGACACUGCUUGUACCAGACUUACCCUUCCCAAAGGAGAGUUCUUUGGUCCUCGCUCCUGGUGA